GUGACUGGAUUACAUGCUAAUCCCAUUAUGAUGCUGCGGUUAUGUGAGGGCCGGUUGGAGGGAUUAGAAACUAAAGGCUCCAGAUUCAGAACAGGAUCAGCAGCAAACUGGAUGACUGUAACUACUGACAUGCAGACCCUAAUGGGACAUGUAAACAGUUUAGAUGACACCAUCACUGACCGACAGGGGAGAGCGUGUCUGUUUAUCUGUCAUCUGGAGGCACACUGACAUGGCAACAGCUGAACGUUUCGUUCUUUUAGGACUGAGCCGCUUGUUUUUGGAGAAAUGACCUAUGGGGCAAUGAUUAACCUGGUUGGCAAUGAGGAUGCGUGUCACUGUCAGAGGUGUCACUGUGUGUCUGUGUGCACAUGACAGGAGGUGAAGGUCUGGAUGAAGGACAGCGAUCACACACUUAAACAAAGACAGCAAGAGCAUCUGACCCAGACAGAGACGAGAGACAACAUGCAGGAGCACAGACUGUAACGGUGCCUAUUGUCCUGCAUUGUUUUAAGUGGAUAGUCUUUUGCAACAGGCAGUAUAUCAAACUCAAAGGACUGUAUUUCUUCUUAGCAUUUGCUCUAAAAAUGUUUUUUGGCUCGCUUGAUUUCAAUGCAGCCAGCACAGUAUAAGUGCCAUUUACAAGUACAGCAGCAGCACAACAACUGCGACUAUGUCAAGGUCUGAGGAAGCAGUCAGAGUCUGACACAGCAAGCAAGAAAAAAAAGAAAAGAACAAUUUUUUUUUUCGACUGGAGAAGCAAGAGCAGGUUCAACAGAAAUACCAGUGGAUGUACAUGCUGCAGGCUUCACCCUCUACCUCCUCAUCUUCCCGCUCCACCUGCAACUUCAGCUCCUGCAGCAAACGAACAUAAUCAAAUCUUCAACUAGUCCAGCGUCUGGCUCUUCAGUAACCUGCGGCACUCUCAGUUGUUGCCAUGGCAUCAGCAGCUCUGGAGCUGAUGGGCUUCUUCCUGGGCCUGCUGGGGAUGCUGGGCACGCUGGUCGCUACCGUCUUGCCAUACUGGCAGAUUUCUGCUCACAUCGGCUCCAACAUUGUCACGGCCGUGGCAAACAUGAGGGGCCUGUGGAUGGAGUGUGUCUACCAGAGCACGGGAGCCUUCCAGUGUGAGACCUACAACUCCAUGCUGGCCCUGCCUUCCGACUUACAGGCCUCUCGUGCCCUAAUGGUCAUCUCCCUUGUGUUGUCUGUCCUCGCCAUUGCUGUGGCGGUCCCGGGGAUGCAGUGUACUAUCUGCAUGGAUGGCACAGGUGCAGUUAAGAGUCGUGUGGCAGGCGCUGGUGGGGGCUUAUUCCUUGCUGCAGGCUUCCUGGCGCUCAUACCUGUGGCGUGGACCACACACGAGGUGGUCCAGACCUUUUACCAACCCGCUUUACCUGCCAGCAUGAAGUUUGAAAUCGGGGAGUGUUUGUAUGUUGGUCUGGCCUCUGCACUCAUCUCCAUGCUGGGAGGGGGAUUGCUGUGUGUGUCAUGCUGCGAUGAGCAGGAUGGUGGGCGUGGGAGGCGGCCUGGUGGCGGGUAUCCCUAUCCAAUAGGAGGUGGCAUGGCGGGUACUGGUCUACGGACAACCUCACAGACCUACCGCAACCCCACACUGCAGGCAGGCAGCAGGGGGCAGACGUUGCUUCGUAGUACCAGUGGCAGCUCCCAGUUGAGUACACAUGGAGUCCAAGGAACCAAGAAGCCCACUGCGGCAGGAUAUGACAUCACAGGAUAUGUCUAAGGUCACCGCCACUCCAUCACACGUUUAUAUGUGGUCUUUCAACAACUUACAUUUGAUUACAUGUAUUUAUAUGUCUUUAAUCGAAUGUUAUCACUAUGUGCUUGACGAAGACAAAUGAAACACACAGCAUACAAAUGUAUGAGGAAGACAUAAAGAAGAUUUUUGUUAAAUAAAGCGGAAUUGUGGCAUACUGCAGACUGCAACAAACUAUUUUACAGUGUUUUCUCUGUAAAUGUUUGAUAUUUUCCUAAGUGUAGGAAGUUAUACAUUUUCAUCACUUUGACAGACACUCAGCUGUAAUGUAGAGAAGCAACAUAAAUGUUCAAACUACACAGAUGUGUUGAAGAUUAACCAACUCAUUUUAAAAUGUUUAAAACAAAGAACAACAUGUUUUUGAUAUGUACAGUGAACAUACACCUCCAGAGAUCCAGAUUAUUACAUUAUUAAAAUUUGCUAUUAUCUUGUCAUGUUCUUUUUAUACAUAAAAUAAACCAAU